AGAUGUAUUCCCAACUUCUUGUUGCAAAACUCCAAGGAAUUAAGUUCUUACCAUCGCCCACAGCUCGAAAAGAGGCCCAAGAGCCGGCUGGCGUUUCCUGGAUUGCGGCCAAAGAAUAAAUUUUUAGGCGGAUAGCGUCAAAUUUGCGUGUUUUUUUCUUUAUAAUUCGUGACUAUAUUUAUUUUAAUUGAAGCAUGUUCAAUCACUACAAACGCACGGACAAGCUACUACGGAUCACGACUUGUUCUCUGCUCUGUUUCUUCACCAGAUCCAGUUGCCGAAAUCCCCAAUUCAUAUGCCUUCCUCGCCGGAGGAUGGCAAGCUGGAAUCUGGCGGCUGCGGAAGCGAUGAAAAUGGGCAGCUUUGUGGCUCCUCUCUCUUCCUCAAACUACCGGAAGACGUCCUCGCCCUGAUCUCAGCCUACCUCUUUCCUCGCGACCUCUUCAACCUCUCCCUCUCCUCCCGCUCCCUAUAUUCCGUCGUCUCCUCCUCCGAAAAGAUCUGGCUUUCCCAGUGCCGAAGAGCGGGCCUCCCCGCCCCGUUACUCCCCCGGUGGCGAUCUGGCGUCCGAUCCCACCGCGCACUUUGCCGCUUCCUCAGCGCCGUAUCCCCUCUUCUCGGUCUCUGGGUGCACCAAAACCCCGAGCUUGGUAACGUGGUAUUCGUUCUCUGGGGUUUCCUCUCCGUCGUCGGGUGCCGCGUCAUUCCCCAGGAGCUGGGUCCACUCGGUCUCUCCGCCGGCCCGCUCCUCUGGACCCCCGUUUUCGAGAUAAUCGCCGACGCCGAUGGCUCCCCAGAAACUUUCUUUCUUCACGGCCGGGAGGCAGAUGAUUCCCUCUACCCCGGUCUCGUCAGCUUCAUUCGCCCGGACUGCAACGUCCUCCUCCUCGAGGUUGACAACCGCGACUGUCUUCCCUGCUAUUUCACGGCAGGUGAAAACCAGAGGGCAAAGCUCCUUUACCUCUCCAACACCACAGUCUCUUCAGCCCUACCCACUGGGCCAUUCAGCCGGUUGGCCUUCGGCGAUCGUCGGAGACUUCUCGAUCUCGUUGCUGGCAGAGUCCGCCUUAAGGUUCCGAGAGACCUUUUGACUGCUCCCCUCUUUCCUCCAUGUGCCUCUUCCAGCUCCAUUGACGACGAGGUGGCUCUUCUAGAGGAAAGGAGGUUGGUUCUAAUCAAGAUGCACAAACUUAGCGGUGGCCGUGUUGAUUGGCGGGGAGAUGAAUUACAGUCCGGCGGGAGUGAUUUUUAUAACAAAACGCUCGAUGGAGAUGGGCUUUCACCCUUGCCGACUGUCAGCUCUGCUAGUAGAAAGUGGAACAACUUCUUCUCGGUAGCUGGUUAUUUCAGAGAUGGGCUUAGACAGUUCAUUGGUAAGCCCAAAACUUCCCAAAUGCCCUCGGUUUUGAAAAAUGGGGCAUCUGGAGCCUCUACCGAGACUAAGCAUGUGCAGCUACAUGAGUUUCUGAGGGGUGGAGAUACUAUAGGUCUCAGCUUAUGUGCUACCAAAAUGAGAUUAACAACUUAUAGAGCAUGGCCAAAUAUGCACGACAACAGAUUUGCCCUAUAUAAGCUUCCCUUACAACUACCUGUAGAAGGACAGGAAUAUGCUGGCCUUUGGGGCGGCACAUUUGGAUGGCCUCCGGGGCAAUCUUCAGAAGAUAAGCCAGGAAAGGCCUUGUUCUUUUUGCUUCUCUCUUACGAGGAGAUUGAUGGACAUCUCAUCCUGAUUGCAACCAAAAUAUUGGAAGGAACCCAUUAUGUUCUCCAUCCCAAUGGCUCAGCCAUGUUUAUUGUGAAAGUUGAAGAGCCCUCACCGGAUCCAUUCCCAUGGGAGACAUAUGUGGAUUCAAUUCCUGUUGAGGUGAAGCGAACUUAUUCAGGAGAGGGUAUUGCUAAUGGUUAUGGAUUCCGGUACCCAGGGUCCAAGCCAGGAUCCUUGUUUGAGAUACAAAACGGGCAUCUAGCAUUUGUUUGGAAGGAGUCAAAGUCUGUUUUAACAAUGCAGAGGCUGGAACUUGAAGAUCUCUUGAAGAAAGGGGAACGAGUGCCUUCCUUGCCACGAAUUGCGAACUUUGCUUACCUAACAAAGUCGUACUCCAAUGUAUUUGCAGGCUUUCCCAACAGUUCAAGCUGUUCAUCUCCGCCAAGGUUCAACUAAAUUAUCUUAGUGAUGCUAAUUCAUGUAUUGUUUAAAUAUACCGACGCUUCUUAUUGAGAUUGAAAUGUGGUGU